AUGGACCGAACAGAGAAACAGUCUACAGGUGUGUCCUCCCCGAAUAUGAUGAGGACUUUGACGGAUACCAUAAAUACAGAUGCAGUGGAUAUGGCAGAAGUUACGAAAUAUGACAUACGGCAUGUUACAUCCACGCACAUAUCUGUUAACGGAGCAAGUAUUCACAGAGGUAAAUCCUCUGAACUUUUGAGUCAUAAUGAGGAGAAACACCCGCAAGCGCAUGGAACGGUGGAAAAGCAAGGGGAUAGACAAAGCUAUACUAGAGCCCCCAGGAGACCCAUUCGUUUAGUAAAUCUCCUGAGGGAGCGGCGCUUAAACCACAGACACAAGAGAGGGACAAGAGACAGCCCGGAAAGGAUUACAGGGGACGGAGACCAAACGCGGCUCCAAAGUGUCCAAGCCACGUCCUUGUCCGAGCCGUUUACAGAGAAGCCUGACACUGUGUUGGAAGCAAUGCCGAAACCCCAAGCGCAGAAUCAGUCUACUGCUUUUCCAUUCGACUUUACGAGAAAUUACGAAUUUUUCACUUUUCCAGACGACGACUUUGAAGAGAGUACCACUUUGAUGCCCAUUGCUACUCGGUCAAAAGAUAAUGUAGUCAAAAACCCAUUUUAUCCAGUAACAAGUGAAUCUUACGGAGCCUAUGCGAUCUUAUGUGUAUCUGUAAUCAUCUUUACUGUGGGAAUAAUAGGAAACAUAGCCAUAAUGUGCAUUGUGUGUCACAACUACUACAUGCGAAGCAUCUCCAACUCACUACUGGCCAAUCUUGCUCUGUGGGAUUUUGUGGUCAUCUUUUUCUGCCUGCCAUUGGUAAUAUUCCAUGAACUCACAAAAGACUGGCUCCUUGGGGAAUUUUCCUGUAAAAUCAUUCCUUAUAUUGAGGUGGCCUCUUUAGGAGUAACUACAUUCACUCUGUGUGCCUUGUGCAUCGACCGUUUCCGUGCCGCCACCAAUGUCCAGAUGUACUAUGAGAUGAUUGAAAAUUGCACCUCCACUGCGGCCAAGCUGGCGGUCAUUUGGAUUGGGGCCCUGUUGCUGGCGCUGCCUGAGCUUCUGAUACGACAGCUGGUCAGGGAAGAGCAGGAGCCCCCUGAGGUGACCCCAUGUGAGCGCUGCGUGGUUCGCAUCUCCACCGAGCUCCCCGACACGCUCUACGUUCUGGGUCUGACCUAUGAUGGCGCCCGUCUGUGGUGGUAUUUCGGCUGUUACUUCUGUCUUCCUACUCUCUUCACCAUCAUCAGCUCCCUGGUGACAGCGAAGAAGAUCCGUCGCGCCGAGCGUGCCAGUGUACGCGCUAACCGCAAGCAAAUCCAGCUGGAAGGUCAGAUGAACUGCAUGGUGGUGGCCAUGGCCAUUGUCUAUGGCUUCUGCAUCAUCCCCGAAAACAUCUGCAACAUUGUGUCUGUGUAUAUGGCGGUUGGAGUCCCCCGCCGAACUCUAGACAUCCUGCACUUGGUCAGUCAGAUCCUGCUCUUCUGUAAGUCAGCUGCCACGCCUGUGCUGCUCCUGGCCCUGUGUCGGCCCUUCAGUCGGGCGUUUCUGGACUGCUGCUGCUGCUGCUGUGAGGAGUGUGGCCCACCGAAGUCAUCUACUGCCACCAGUGAUGAUAAUGAACAGGAAUGCACCACAGAACUGGAACUUUCUCCUUUUAGCACCAUCAGGCGCGAGGUUUCCACCUACACACCAGUGAGCACACACUGCUGA